GACGCGAGCAGUCUAUUCCAUUAAAGAAACACACAAAAAGACAAACAAGCAAAAUGAAAUUCAUAAUUCUUUUCGCUGCUAUCUUUGCCGUUGUUUUGGCUGCUCCCCGCCCCGAUGCUGAAGUCCUCAAGAACGAGUCCGAUGUUGGUCCUGAAUCCUACAACUUCGCUUACGCUACCAGUGAUGGCAUCACCGCCCAAGAAGAAGGACACUUGCAAAAUAUUGGCUCCGAAAAUGAGGCCAUCUCUGUCAAAGGUCAAUACUCCUAUACCGGUGAUGACGGUCAAACCUACACAGUCACCUACACUGCCGAUGAAAAUGGUUUCCAACCCCAAGGUGCCCAUUUGCCCGUUGCCCCCGAAGCCUAAGCAUUUGUUGAUAUCAUCAGUAUUGUUUUUCGUUGUUAGGGAAUAAAUUUGUUUGUUUUAAAACAUA